AUGUCGACGGCGGAUGGAAAUCGCGCUCCACCGCAAGGCGGUAUCAUCGAGGGGGCCAAUCCGUCAAAGUACAAUCCGGGUGACCCCAUCAUCCUUUUCAUUAUUCAAGCCAGUUUAAUUGUCAUUGUCUGCCAUGCUUUGCACUGGCCUCUGUCCAAGAUCCGACAACCACGCGUCAUUGCCGAAGUUGUCGGGGGCAUCAUCCUGGGGCCGUCGGUGAUGGGCCGCGUGCCGGGGUUUCAGCAAGCCAUAUUCCCCAAAGAGUCCAUUCCGAACCUGUCCUUGGUCGCCAAUCUCGGCUUGAUCCUGUACCUUUUCCUCAUUGGCAUGGAGACUGAUGUCAAAUUUCUCGUGGCAAACUGGCGCAUCGCAACGUCUGUCGCAUUCGCAGGCCUUGCGAUCCCAUUCGCCGCUGGCUGCGGUCUCGCCUGGGGAGUUUACCACGCCUUUCGCGAGGACUCAGACCUUGCGCCCAUCAGCUUCAGCACCUACAUGCUCUUUAUUGGCAUCGCCAUUGCCAUUACGGCCUUUCCGGUCCUGUGCCGAAUCCUCUCCGAGCUGAAGCUUCUCGACACUUCCGUCGGUGUCAUCACUCUAUCUGCAGGCGUCGCUAACGACGUGGUGGGCUGGGUGCUACUCGCAUUGUGUGUCACACUUGUGAAUGCAGGCAAGGGCCUAACUGCGCUCUGGAUCCUGCUGUGUUGCGUCGGGUUCCUUUUAUUUCUUGUGUACCUUGUCAGACCUGCUUUGAUCUGGCUCCUCCGUCGGACAAACAGCUUGCAGAAUGGGCCCUCCCAAGGCAUUGUGUCACUCAUUAUGAUAUUGGCACUGGCGGCCGCCUUCUUUACGGGUAUCAUUGGCGUGCACCCAAUUUUUGGCGCGUUCAUGGUCGGUCUCAUUAUUCCGCGUGAAGGCCGCUUCAACAUUAAAGUUACCGAAAAGAUGGAAGAUUUGAUCGGCGCUUUACUUCUACCGCUCUACUUCACCCUCUCCGGUCUCAAGACAAACUUGGGUUUACUGGACAGCGGGCUGGCUUGGGGAUAUGUCUUUGCGACAACCAUUGUCGCUUUCUUAACGAAAAUCAUUGGUGCUUCUUGUGCUGCGCGACUGAACGGUCUCGUGUGGCGCGAAUCGUUGACUAUUGGUGUUUUGAUGAGUUGCAAGGGUCUCGUAGAGCUAAUCGUGUUGAACAUUGGCCUCCAAGCCAACAUUCUCAGCACUAGGACUUUUACAAUUUUCGUUGUCAUGGCACUUUUGACCACCUUCUCCACAACACCGCUCGUGUCAUGGCUAUACCCGCCUUGGUAUCAAAAGAAGAUGGAGCUCUGGCGUCGCGGUGAAAUAGACUGGGAUACUGGCGCGCUCAUCAACCCGCCCAGCGAUGGCGCAACUGCGAAUGCUACCCGAGAGCAAAGUGUGGCCCGACUCCUCGUAUAUCUGCGCCUCGACACUAUGCCAAGACUCCUCAAACUUGUUUCCCUCUUUGGCGACUCCUCUAAACCAGUCGCUAUAGGUGAGGGGUCGGAGAACGCUAUUCCAAGGCCAGUGGACAGCUACAGUCGUCACGACCCUGUUGUCAAUACCUUCCAGGCCGUGACUCAUUCAAACUCCUUGGCCGUGUCUGGGGAAGUCGCUAUCAUGCCCGAGCAUCGGUUUUCCCAGGCACUUCUCACCAAAUCGACAGCCAUGUCCGCUAGCCUACUUCUUGUUCCUUGGAGUGAAACAGGAAGCAUCGGAGACUCCCAGAUUAUUUCAUCAUCCGCACAAGCUGAUAAGCUAGCGUCGCCAUACACUUCAUUCGUUUCAUCCAUACUCGAGAACAAUGAGCACAACAUUGCUGUGUUUUUCACUAGAAGUGAACAUACUGACUCGAGAGAGGUUGCUGUCGAAGAGAAGGGCAAGCUGAGCCGCCAAUAUUCUUUUGGCAUGAUGAGGCAAGAUUUCCCCGUCACUCCCGUCACUCGCCAGCCGUACCACAUUUUCAUGAUAUAUAUCGGCGGCGCGGACGACGAUUUUGCACUCCGGCUAGUCUUGCAGCUGUGUGAGGGAUCGCAAGCAACUGCCACAAUCCUGAAGUCCAAGGAAGCGGAUGUGCAAGAUUCCAGUACACCGAACACAGACGUGAUGAGCUACUUGAAUAACUUGAGGGGAGAAGUGUCUGCAAGAGUCCAACUUGAGCAUGUUGAGGGCCCCAGUACUGUGGAAGAGCUCAUCCAUCAUGCAUCUACCAAUUUUGAAGUGAGUUCGCGUGGGAAUAAAUCAAGCCUCAUUGUCGUCGGAAGACAUGCGAAAGAGAAACUGGACGAAGGUAAACCCAGGCACCACCCGGCAACGGAGACAAAGGACUGCUUGGGAAUUCUUGCCGCGCAGGUAGUUGAAGAAUUUGUUGAAGCGGACGUGUUAAUUGUUCAGGCAGUCCAUGCCGCAGAUGUGCAAGUCCACUCUUGA